AGAAAAAAAUCGAAAUGUGGAAGGUACUAGCAGUUCUAGUUGCAGUAAUUGUAGCACUUGAUGCUGCUCCAUCCCGAAAUGUUACAUUGGGUAAAAUCAAUUUAGGAAUCGUUGGAGGCGACAAAACAGAUAUCAAGUUACAUAAAUUCCAAGUUUCAGUUCAGCAUAACAACAAGCAUUUUUGUGGAGGUUUCCUGAUUUCAUCUACAUGGGUAGUAACAGCAGCACAUUGUCUUACACAGGGAUACAGCACAAAUCUUAAUAUUCGGGCUGGUAGUUCAAAAGCCCAUAGUGGUGGUCAAUCGGUUAAAGUAGUAAAGCAUAUAAUUCACAAAUCCUACAGCGAUUAUACCCUUAAUAACGAUAUUGCCUUAUUACAAUUGGCUAAUGCUGUAACUGCAACUAAUGCUAAAGCUGCUGUUCUUCCUGCAGCUAAUGAAGUUCUUGCAGAUGGUGCAAGUAUUACGGUAACCGGUUGGGGAGCAACAAGAGAAGGAGGAGCUGGUUCAGAAGAUUUGUUGCAAGUAGUUGUUCCAAAAGUUAGUCAAACUACCUGUCAAAAUCGAUACUCAAACACGAUAACAGCAAAUAUGUUCUGCGCUGGCUACUUGGGAGUUGGAGGUAAAGAUGCUUGCCAAGGGGACUCUGGUGGUCCAGCUGCAGCUAAUGGAAAAGUAGUUGGUAUUGUUUCUUGGGGAGCCGGCUGUGCCCAAGCUAAUUAUCCCGGAGUUUACGCUAAUGUUGCUAGCUUACGAAGCUGGAUUAAAACUAAUUCUGGAAUUUAAUUGAUUAUAUUAUAACAUUAUACACUGUACCUUGAACAUAAUUUAAUAAAAAUAAUCAAGUUGAUAU